CUGCGGUACAUACAUGGCGGUAUUUGUGUGCGGAAACACGGCCAUUUUAGUGUAAACUCACGUGGUGCAGGCAUGGCGGUGGAUAUGAGAUUACCUGCGAGAAAACAGACGUGUUUUCCAAUUUCUAAUUCCAGCUCAGACCACAAACAUUUGGUAGUUCCAGGGGAUGUGAUCACAUCAGACACAGGGUUCAUGAGAGGCCAUGGAACGUAUAUGGACGAUGAGAAACUCACUGCUUCUGUGGCUGGUGAGGUAGAACGAGUCAACAAGCUCAUCUGCGUGAGACCACUGAAGACAAGGUUCAAUGGUGAAGUCGGUGAUGUGAUUGUUGGUCGGAUCACUGAGGUUUGUGAAUCAAAACGCUGGAAAGUGGAGACGAACUCUCGUCUGGACUCAGUAUUACUUCUGUCUUCGGUCAAUCUUCCUGGAGGAGAGUUGAGGAGGCGAUCAGCAGAAGACGAACUUUCCAUGAGAGACUACCUUCAAGAAGGGGACCUCAUCAGUGCAGAGGUACAGUCUGUGUUUUCAGACGGCGCCCUCUCUCUCCACACACGCAGCUUAAAAUACGGAAAGCUGGGUCAGGGUAUUCUCGUGCAAGUCUCACCAUCACUCAUCAAGAGACAGAAAACCCAUUUCCACAACCUGACAUGCGGAGCGUCCGUAAUAUUAGGGAACAACGGCUAUAUCUGGAUUUACCCCACCCCGGGGCACCAUGAUGAAGAGGCAGGAGGGUAUUACACAAGCCUAGAGCCCGUUCCUCUCUCAGACCGGGAAGUCAUUUCUAGACUGAGGAACUGUUUACUGGCUCUGGCAGCUCACAAAGUGAUGCUGUAUGACACCAGCAUCCUCUACUGCUAUGAAUCAUCUCUGACACACCAGAUCAAAGACAUCCUGAAACCGGAGACCAUGGACGAAAUCGUGAUGGAGACACGGCAACGGCUUCUCGACCAAGAGGGUUAGAAAAUCAGUCAUCGUUCACAACGUGAGAAGACGAGUUCACACCCAACGUUAUUUACCAGUGUUAAGAACAAGGUUAAUAUUAAUUCUAUGUCAUAUGUCUGAGAUUCUUUUUGCGCUGAUCAUAAGUUGGAGAAUGUGAUAUAUAUACUGCAAGAAAAUGCCUAAAUUAAUACUCCAGAUAUUUUCCAAACCAUUCUCUGUCCUUUUUGUAAUAUAUCUAUCUUAGUUAUAACUUGCUUAUGAUAAAAGGCUAAGGACAGGUGUGGAAAUAUUAAACAUUUCAUAUAUGUGACCAUUGUACCUCUUAUUAAUUCUGUAUAUGAAGAAUUUUGUUUUGAAUUUUCUAAUAAAUGGAGUAAUAUGUUAA